AUGCGAGCUCCGUCCGCAGACCUCCUCCGUGCGCUGCGUCGCGCAACUGCAGCAGGAGCAGCACCGGGAUCGCCUCUGGCUCUUCGACAUACGAACCUAUCUCGAGCGCAAAGCCCGCUAGCUAUGCCCAUCACUCGACGUCAAAAAUACCACCACUCUUCUCAACUCUCUCUGGCGAGACGCGUGCGAGCACUUUCCACAACCACAACAGCGGCGGCCCAGAAUCGCCAGGCCCCGUCCUCCUCUCAACCUGGCACUCCCUCCACCGCGCCCUCCAGACCGCCGAUAAAUCCACGCGCACCAAAGACCCACGACCGCGGGCCCGCCUCGAAAGAAGACACGCAGACGGAUUUCUCCAAGAUGGACAUCUUGGCCGCCGCGGGCGUUGAAGAACCCGCUACUUCCAUCGACGCGUGCACGAGCGACGGGUUCCAUUUGAAUAACGGUGUGCACACGUCGGGAGGGAAAGGUGUGAUGUUACUUGGUGGAGAAGCGUUUGUGUGGACGCCGUGGAUGUAUACAAGCACUGCUGCUGCUGCUGCUGCUGCUGGCGACUCCUCCCGUGGGAAUGCAACGUUUACGCCCUUCCUCUCCCCGCGCGGCCUGUUGACCUUCCCACCCCAGACCCUCGGUUUAUUGUCUCUCCUCUACCCGAAACCCGACCUUUUGUUAGUCGGCACAGGCCACAGACUGUGGAUGCUCUCACGCGAAACCCGCGCUUACAUCUCUGAAGAGCUGGGUAUUAAGGUGGACGUCAUGGACACGCCCAACGCGGCGGCCGCGUAUAAUUUAUUGGUUAUGGAGAGGGGGGUUGAAGAAGUGGGCGCGAUCUUGAUUCCUGAGGGGUGGGCUGGACGGUAG